CAUCGCGCGAUGCGAGCUACCCAAGUGUGACAAAACACUUGGUACGGAACGCCGGCGCGGUUAUUUUUUAUUAUUUACAGGGGAAAUCGACAUCUAUACACACAACAAACACAAACACGCGAAUUCCACAUACAAAAUGUCUGAAUUUAUAAAUAAAAACAAGAUGGCCGACUCACCUGACAUCGAUACACUUGAAUUUGGUUAGAAUUGUCACUCCAAAGUUUCGUACUGAUGUAAAUCAAGUGCCGGACGAGUUUACACAGCAUUUCUAUUGAUAACCUAUAAAAAUUCGAUGGUUUUAGUGAUUUUCAUACAAAAUGGAGGGCGAAGAUGAAGCACCCGAUGUCCCUGUGAAGUCUACAUCAUCCCUGAAGACUCCAUCAGUGGAUAAUCGUACUUCAAGCCAAAAUAACUCCAGAACAUCAAAAAAGUCAGUGAAUUAUGAUCUAUCCAAGUCAGAUACACGUCCCACAUCAGUUUCUUCACCUGAACACACACCAAUCGUAUCCAAAACCACUGUAACCAGUGAAUCAUCAGCGCAUGUCUCUGAAAUACCUGAAGAACCAGUGAAUUGUGAUGAGGUCAUACAGGAACUUGUAGAAUCACACAAGGGAUCAACCCAGGCGUCUACCACUUCAGAACCCACUCUACAACAUGACCCAGAGUGUCCCAUGUAUGAAGAAGAAUCAAAGGUGAAAGGAAAAAGCAAAAAGAAAGAAAAACCCCGAAGAAAAACAAAAUCCACUUCGUAUCAUGAUAAAGACCAUGGGGAUAGCCCUUGUCCACCAGGAGUAAGAAUAUGUUGUACCUGUGGUGUGUGUCCAUUGGAUCUUGUUGAAGAAGAAGAAAAAGGUGAAGAUGAAGAAAGUAGAGAUGCAAGCUAUCAAUCUGAAUCAACAACGAAAUCCAGCAGUGGGGAGAGUAGAGAAGAUAAAGACGAUGAUGAUCUAUCCAGUGAUGUAUAUGAUCUUCAAAGUUACGAUACAGAGACGGAUUAUUCUCGUAGUUAUCGAAGUUGGUAUGGUGAAGGAUGGACUUCUCGUAAACCACGAGGAAAGCGUCAGAAACGUGAUUUGGGAAUGCGUUAUGCUUCUGAUGCUGCUGCAAUGGAAUUUAAAAGGAUUUAUGGUUUUUAUCCACCAGCACCAAUGUCUGAUAGGUCUCGUCACGAGGGAAGCUUUAUUGAUGACUAUAUGAAGUUUUUCAUUGAACCUUUUGAUGUUUGCUAUAAGUCUUUAUCCUCAGUGACAAGUUCUUUUGUGAGUUGUGAAGAAACAGGACUCCAGAGGACCAUUGUAAUAGUCAAACCGGAUGCUGUCAAAUUUAAAGAAGCUAUUUAUCGGGUUAUCUUCGAAUCUGGGUUUCAAAUUCUCGGCUUGCGUGUGUUGCAUUUAACACCCGAACAAGUCUCGGAAAUUUAUUCAAAAUACUAUGGAUCACCAUCUUUCGUCCAUCUUGUUGUAUCUGUGAGUGACGCGCCUGUGCUUGCGAUUUGUAUAUCCGCUAUGAACGUAAUCAAAAGAUGGCUGAAUCUGAUCGGGCCCGAUGGUUCCCUGCGUGCAGAAUGGUUCUAUCCGCUCAGUAUGCGUAAAUUGUUUGGUUUGGAAGAUACUCAUGCGGAUUGGAUACAUGGAUCGGAGAAUCUUAAAGAAUCCAACAAAGAAAAUCGGUAUUUUUACCCGAAUGCUAUCAUUGAACCGAUCAUAGAUGAGUUGGAUAAAGUCAAAGACUAUUGUGCGCUGACGAUGAACAAGACAAUUGUUGAUGCUUGCACGGAACUGGUGAAGAAACGGCCUGCGGAUCCGAUUAUUUUCUUUGCUGAUUAUUUACUUGUGCAUAAUCCAUUCCAGCCGAGGUUCCCGCAGUAUAUUGCUAUGACACCGACGUAAUUUAUACAAUUUGUACAAUAUAUUGACAAUAUUUUGCCAAAUUGUACAAUAUAUUGACAAUAUUUUACCAAAUUGUACAAUAUAUUGACAAUAUUUUGGGCGAUUGUUCAAUUUAUUGAUGAAAAUCAUUGUAAAAUGAUAAAUUUUGAACUUAC